UGUUCUCUUUCGAUUAACAGUAUCAGAAACGGUCUUCUUACAGCAGUUCAAAGCUCUCCAAUGGCUCGUUAUCAAUUCAUCGUUCUUUUUGUCAGUUUGGCAGUUGUAGUUGCUUUAGAAAACUCAACGAGUGAAAAUGACAACCAAAAUCUAAAGAAGAAACCUGAUCGUAAUGGAAGAAAGUACACUAGCUUCUACAGCAACUUAAAUUUUGAUGAUAAAAUCGAUGAAACUGAGGCACCAGAAGAGAAACCUGUAUACUCUGAUUCUGGUCUUCCCAAGCCACUUGCUAAGGGUGACAAAACCUUUUCCGACAAAAGCGACUAUAAAUUUCCGGAGUACACUAAGGGAUACCCAAUAGUACCUUAUACCUUCAAAGGAUUUCCUUACUAUGGACCUUAUUAUUAUGGCGAAAAUACAGAAGAAAUGCCAAAAGACCAAAUGAUGGACAUGAUGGAAAUGAUGAAUGCCCUAAACAAACUUCAAGGUUCUUCAAAGAAGGAAGAAAAGGGUAUCUUAGCUACACUUUUCUCGGAGCCUAAAAUAGUAGCUCUAGCUGCGAUGUUUCCUCUGGCUAUUAUGUUAGCUACUUUUGCUCCAGUUAUAAUGAAUUACAUUAAACCCUCUCCAGGAAUGCCAUCAACAAUUACAACAAUAGCCAACAGCAAAAUGGCUCGAGCUCUUACUGACAAAGAAAAUCUGGAAUCAACUCUGCAGAUCUUGAUGGAAUUCGGAGAAAAAGCCUUUAGUAAAGGUGAAUGCUUUCAAAAGGCUUUUUGUGAACUUGCAUUACAGCAUGGGGGUAAAAAUAACAUGAAGAAUAUCGCUACAGUUGUCAACAAGUUGGGCAAAAAAGAUUGGUUGAAAAGUUUUCAUGCAAAACACUUAGUUGAAGGUUUGGAGCAUGGCGAUUGCACAAACGUAUGCCACAGAUCAGCAAGACAUCAUAAGCAUAGAAGCCUUUAACCAGCUGUCCAUUUUGAGGACUUGAUUUUGAUUGUUGAAUCAACACUGUGAAGAUAUGGAUAAAUGAUACCAGAAGAAUUUUUUUCCAAGCCUUCUUUCUGAAUCCAGUAUUUUUCUAAUAUUUGUUGCAUCAAAAU